AUGACGUGGGAACAACAUCGAGAACAACUAGCGAAAGAAUACGCGCAUCCCCCAGUUUUAGCGAAGGAUCUACCUCAUGAGUUGGAAGACAGGAUUAACUACUUACCGAGGUAUGCACGACGCGCGGAUAACAUGCAAGUAAAACUCUUCGAGGCAGCAAUCGCAGAAAACACCGAGACCGACGAGCCGCACGCCCCGCCGAUCCACAUCAUCAACGACAUUGAUGAUGACCUGACGCCUCCUUACGAAUUUCAUUACUCGAACCUCAUGUGGCAUGGCGAAGGGGUGCCCAAGCCAGACUGGGAGAACUUGCGAGGAUGCGACUGCAUCGGUCCAUGCGAUCCGAAGUCCGAGACCUGCAUCUGUGCGCAGAGACAUCGGCAGCAUUUUGAAAGUCCUGGCUUCCUGUAUGAUGAGAGGGGAAGACUGACAUCCCAGGGGUACCCGAUCUUCGAGUGCAAUGACUUGUGCAGAUGCUCCGAUGAUUGUAUCAACAGAGUAGUUCAGCGGGGCCGGAAAUACCCCAUCAAUAUUUGCAAAACAGAGGACAAAGGCUGGGGUGUCUUCGCUGGUCACAAGAGGAUCCCGGCUAACACUUACAUUGGUAUAUAUGCUGGAGAGUAUCUGACCGAGUCAGAAGCGGAGGAACGGGGCGUCCUUUACAACAAGUUCGGGCGCACGUAUCUGUUUGACGUCGACUUCUGGCACUUGCGUGUGGAUGACCCCAAUUGGACUUCCAAGUAUAGCAUCGAUGCGUAUCAUGCUGGCAAUUUCACCAGAUAUCUAAACCACAGCUGUGAUCCGAAUUGCAGCAUCAACGCGGUCUAUAUAAACGAGGCCAAUAUCGACAAGCCUCUUCUUGCGAUCUUUACCACACGCGAUGUGAGACCUGGAGAUGAGCUGUGCUUCUCAUACUAUGGCGAAGAUGACGAUUCCGAUGAGGAUGCUCCCAAGAGUCCUCAUGAGAGCAUCUGCAUGCCGAAUGACGCUGUCUAUAGGGAAUGUCGAUGCGGGGCGGCGAAGUGCACAGGCAACAUGUGGAGGUAG